AUGGCGAACUCCAACUCGUUGCACUCUCAACAAUCCCCUUCUGAUUACGCGCCAGCAGCUGCGGAUCGCGUGACCGACGCCGCCGGAUCCGGCAAUGUAGCUAAGUACCGUCUCAUGUCUCCGGCCAAGCUCCCGAUCUCGAGGUCUACUUGCAUUUCGGUCCCUCCUGGACUCAGUCGGACGUCGUUUCUGGAGUCCCCCAUUCUUCUCUCUAACAUCAAGGCGGAACCUUCUCCAACCACUGGUUCCUUUUUCAAGCGUCAAUGGAUGCGUGGUUCUGGUGAAAAUGCUGCAUUUUCAAUAGGAAAAAUAAUUUCCAGUGAAAACACUGUUGAUGAAAGAAUGACCAGCAGUUUUGAGUUUAGGUUUCAAACUGGAGUUUCUUCGACAUCGGGAAUAUCAUCCGCUGGGCUGUCAAUCGGACAAGUCAAUCAGCAUAAUCAACGUUAUUCAUUAUCUCCCGCACCAUCAGCUUUGGCUUCACAGGCUGUGGCUGGAGAUUUACAGGAUGCAUCUGUUGUAGGUAGUACUACUGAUGAAUUAAAUCAAGGACAUUCCCACACGGGUAUUUUAGAAUCAUCCUCCGAACAUAAAGAUAGUAUCUCCUCGAUCUCAGCUGAGAAAACAUCAGAUGAUGGUUAUAAUUGGAGGAAAUAUGGGCAGAAACUGGUUAAAGGGAGUGAAUUUCCUCGAAGUUAUUACAAAUGUACAUAUCCCAACUGUGAGGCUAAAAAGAUAUUUGAGCGUUCUCCAAGUGGACAGAUUACAGAGAUUGUUUACAAGGGUUCACAUGAUCAUCCAAAACCUCAAGCUCCAAGGCGACACAAUCUUGGGGCUCUUUUACCCAUCCAAGAAAAUAAGUUGGACAAGGGUUUAUCAAUCAGUGAUCAAGAGGGGAAGUUGAAUGCUACCAAUAUGGAGCAAAAUGGCUCUCCCAUGUUUUCUCCUCUACAAGCUAACAAGGAGGAAAACGAUUGUUCUGAUUCACAAUUUCAAGGCCUUAAUGACAAUUGUGAAGCAGAUGAUCCAUUUCUCAAGCGGAGGUAUGUGAAAAUGGAGGAUAGCCUUGAUGUAACACCAGUUGUUAAGCCGAUUCGUGAACCACGAGUUGUUGUUCAAACUGUCAGUGAGGUUGAUAUACUGGAUGAUGGAUAUCGAUGGCGCAAGUAUGGCCAGAAAGUGGUCAGAGGCAAUCCAAAUCCGAGGAGUUACUACAAAUGCACGCAUUCUGGAUGCCCCGUUCGGAAACAUGUGGAGAGGGCAUCCCACGACCCCAAAGCUGUCAUAACCACUUAUGAGGGCAAGCACAACCAUGAUGUCCCGACUGCCAAGAACAGCAGCAAUGAGUGUGCCGGAAUUCCUAGAAUGAGGCCACAAGAUGGUGGUUCUGUAUGCCUUGAUCUUGAUGUUGGAGUUGGCCGUAGCACUGAGAUCAGAACUAAUGAACAAUUGCAAGCUUUAGAUGAUGAAGCUGUUCGGAACCAAAUCGGGACAAAUGAUUCGAGAACAAUGGCUGCUCGUGGCUCACAAAUCCCUCCUAUUUGCUAUGGCAGAGUAAAUGGUGGCUUGAAUCUUUAUGGAAAUAGAGAAAAUCAUGUGGCAGAUGGUGGCUUUCAGACUCCAUCGAUACAUCCCUCUAAUCAAUGUCAGCAAAACCUUGGAAGUAUAAUUUUGGGGCCAUAA